UCGCGUUGACACAAAUAAAAUAGAAACAAACAACAGUGAGAAACUGCGAGUUGAAAUAGUUGCAAUUUAGUAACAGACCAUGUAUAAAAUUGUAUCCAUAAUUUAUUGUUUAUGAACUAAUUCAAAAUUUAAACAAUGUCAUCGAGUACGAUUAAAACAGAAUUCAAUGGUUACAAAUGUGGCUUCGGAAUGUGUCGACUAUGCCUGAGUGAAGAAUCUUUAGAAGAUGUUUUCGAGCAAGACGAGCUUAGCCAAUGGAUAUCGAAUUUUCUCUCAAUUACGAUAUCUGUCGAAGACAACUUCAGUCAAACUAUCUGUUCUAUUUGUCGAUUACGGUUGAUGGAAUUUAACCAUUUUCGAUUGCGAUGCCUGGAAGUACAAGGCGUAUUACAAUCUAUGACUAAACAAAAGAAUGUUACAUUUGGAAUAAUAGAGUCACAAACGGCGCUCCAAGAAACUAAAUCAGAACCAUGUUCUAUAAAAAAUGAGUACACGAUACUUCACGAAGCUUCUGCCAAUAGUGGGGAAACAUUCGACAACGACGACAUGGAAGACAUAAUUGAGGCAGAAGCAAUAAAAAUUGAACCUCGUGAAGACGAUGAUCUUGUUGUGGAGAACAAUCCUGCAAUGGAGAAAAUUGAUCCUAACGAGAGGCAAACGGCUUGUGAUAUGAAAAAUCAACACCAGUGUGAUGUAUGCCAUAAAACGUUUUCAACAAAAAAGAAACUAUCUUGCCACAAAAGGACUCACAGAGCAAAAAAAUUAGUAUGUACAGUUUGCGAAAAGCCUUUUGCAUGGCGCUGGAAACUCCAAACCCAUAUGAUCACGCAUGAAGCGAAAUUGACAACAGACGGGAAUAUCGCUCGACCAUACAAAUGCGAUAUCUGUCAGAGGGGAUUCCGGAACAGAGAAUCGAAACGAGUGCACUAUACACAAGUGCACGGACCAAAAAACCACGAGUGCCACAUAUGUGGGCUAAGAUUUCAAAAACAGAGCGCACUGGCAUUUCAUAUCAAGCAUCACAUUACUCGUGGUGAAACAAAAGAGGAGUAUCUUCUUUUAAACGAGUUACGUCGAAAUAAAACUGGCAAGAUCUGUGAUAAUGGUAUUGAGGACGAGCAACAAACAGAAGGCGAAUCGUCGAACCAUAUAUACAAUGAUGAGUUCGCAUCUACUGGAACGGAUGAGAAGAAAAGGCUGGAAUGCGUAAAGUGUCAUAAGAUGUAUCAAACUAUGAGAGGUCUAUGGCAUCAUUUCAAACUUGCCCACCAGAGAAAAUUUGAUUGCACUAUGUGCAAAGGAGCGUUCCCAACGCAAAAACUUCUGGACAUACAUGUCUUGAAAAUUCACCAACCAAAAGAUGGCGAACAUCAAUCACUGGAAUGUCGGCCGUGUAACAAGAAUUUUCCAUCCAUACCUCAGCUCAACCGGCAUAUGCGAAUACACCAACCGAAAACGUUUAGUUGUGAAGUUUGCAAUCGAUUAUUUAGAAGAGAGUAUGAUUUGAAGUCACAUAUGAAAACUCACUUGAAAGACGAAAAUCGUCCACAUGACUUGGGUAGCUGUUUGAGUUGAACUACGAAAUGCUUACACUCUUAAUUCAUACCUCAUAAAUGUAACCAUCUACAUAUAAGAACAAAAGAGGUUAUAAA